UCCGGCCCUGCCUUUCCCUUGGCACUCGUUGUGAGCCCUUCUCCGAUCUCCGUGGCCUUCCGUGCCUCAACGUCCUCCCUCUCUGAGCCAAGCUGGCAUGGCUUACUGGCAUCCGGGCGUCCGUUGUCCUUCCAGCCUGGCCAUCUGUCUGCUCUUGCUGCUGGUCCCAUUAUUCCCUGUUCUGUCUUCAUCCCCUCUGGCUGUGCUUGUUGGGGAUUCUAUUUCUCUCCCCAUCCCAUUCUCUUUACCCUCUGCUCCGAGCCAAAUUGCUAUCAUCUGGAGGAGGAAUGCAACCAUUCUGGCAAUAGGAAACCUGCGCCCCAAUUUUACAGUUGUGGUAGACUCAAGCUUCCGUUCUCAGUUCAGCGUGGACCCCAGGCAGGGUAACCUCAAUAUUUCUGCACUGAGGACCAUGGAUUCUGGCAUCUACUCGGUGGAGAUCUUCCCCCUGGGGAGUUUUGCCCAGAAGGGCAACAUCACUAUUAUAGUUUAUGAGGAGGUGGGCAACAUCUCUGUGAUCCCAUCAUCUGCAGAAGUGAUAGAAAGAAACAGUUCAGUGGCCUUCAACUGCACCCCUGUCCGUGGUUUUGUCUCCUGGACCAAGGAUGGUCACAGCCUGGAUGAUAAUCCCCGAUACUUACAUUCAUCUGGUUACCUGCAAAUUAGAAACCCACUACGGACUGAUGCUGGUGUCUACUCUUGUACCAUCUCCAACCCUUUUGGGAAUGCCACUGGUACCGCCAACCUGACUGUGUAUUAUGGUCCAGAGACCCCAACAAUUGCUGUCUCGUCCUCUGAGCGGGAUUCAGACGCAGGGAGUUUUGUGCUGGUGAACAGCACUGUCAGUCUCACAUGUUUGGCACCCUCCAACCCCCCAGCAAAGAUCUACUGGAAUGUGGCUGACGAUAAGGAUCGCUACGUCCCUUCCUCACCUGUUCUGCAGCUCCGCAGAGUGCAGCUGAAUCAGGGAGGGCUGUAUUCCUGCCUGGCUAUCAAUCAGCAGACGCGGCUGCAGUUUCGCAACACUCGCCGUAUCACCGUUGCCCAAUGUCCUUCUGGAUCUCCUCGCUGUUCCCUGACUUCAGUGCAUAAUGGCUCUGCCUUGCUUUUUGCCUGUUCCUGGACUGGAGGUUCACCUGCCCCUAAUCUAACUUUCCAGGGACUCCCUGGACGCAAGGAAGAAGUCAGUGCCUCUAAUCUGCAGAGUCUGCUGGUCUCCCCAUUUCCCGCUGGGAUCAGUGGCACUAAAGUCACUUGUUUAGGUCAUCAUUUAACUGGGCAAGACAAUUGCACCUUGAUUCCAGAAGCCCCCUCAGGGGUCACACUGUCAUUCCAGGCAUUCAGUGACUCCAAAGGGCUAGUGACUCUGCAGUUGCAUUGCCAAGGCACCUUCAAUCCCUUGGAGAUUAAAUGGUUCGGAGAUAAGCAGUCCGUGAUUUCUGUUGGAGGAGGCCGUUAUCAGCUAAGUCCCGAUAGAAUGCAUCUUACCAUCUGGAAUUUCACUGCCCCCCAGGAUCUGGGAGAUUACAGCACCAUCUGCUCCAAUCCACUGGGAUCCCAGCGAUCUAACCUCACUAUUAUUGGAAGCCCACCUCUCUUGGCAGGCCCCUCUAUCUCUGACUCGACUUUGUCAAGUGGACCCCACUCUGGCACGGCCUACCUGGCUUGGACGGUCCCAAAUGGAUCAGCGGUGACCAGUUUUUGGAUUCAGAUGCGAGGUCCUAAACACCGUUCUGCUGAGGAAUGGAAUACAGUGGAAGUUCUAGGAGCUACCAACCGAUCCGCAAGCAUUAUAGGAUUGCAGCCCCAAACUACUUACGCUUUCCAGAUAGUGCCUUAUCUGGGAUCCCAAGCUGGGAAUGCCACUCAAAUCCACACCCUCCACCCAGAUGCCUCUCUGACUGACGGGGCCAUUGCGGGAAUCGUGAUCGGCUGCAUCUUUGGGAUGCUCCUGAUCCUCGCGUUGCUGUUCUUGGUGAUCUGGCUGAUCUGCCUUCGGAGAGAAAACAAGAAAGUUCCACCAACACCACCAGAGAAUCAGCAAUACUACCUGUCACGCCAGUUCCCCAAUGGGAGGAAGGUUGAGCCAAGUGACUCUUCAUGGGACAAUUCUCGCUGGUCAGGGGACUCAGACAUCUAUGCCAUCACCUAUGAGGAACAUCUGCACAGACAUCUCAGCCCAACCACCUUGCCCAUUGGGAUCAGGGAAGGGACUUCCUCCUACCCAGCUGUGCAACCUGGCACCAGGAAUGUGCGUAGUGCUACCCAAGUCUGAGAUGGUGAAGAUCACACCCAGCCAACUAUGGUCACUAAAAUGGGAUUUGUGAAGAUCACACCCAGCCAGCUAUGGUCACUAAAAUG